CCAAAUGUUGUGGCGGCCUACAAUAGACUCAGAGGAUCCAAGAGCAAAGCCAGCAACCAGAUAUGCCAGGGCUUCAGGAUACUCCUCUGGGGGUGUUACGGCAGGGCAGGAGAUGUGUGCAAUGUGGGGAACUGGUGAAUGAGUCCCAAGAACACAGUUCUCUGAGAAGAUGUCAGUGUUACGACCGUCUUACCGAGUCUGUUGUUCAUGUGGGCGAGAAGGGAGAUGAGAGAUUUACUAAACCCCACUGGACGGCUGGACGUAUGGGAGAUAUUGAUUUUACCGGUACCAGUCGGACAAGAGGCAAGUUUAUCAGGGUGACCAGCUCCACAGAUCCAGCUGAGAUCUAUGAGAUUUUGACGAAGCAGUGGGGUCUUGCUCCUCCUCAUCUGGUGGUGGCACUAGUGGGAGGUGAUGAGGUGGCUCAGAUGAAGCCCUGGCUGAGGGACACAGUUAGGAAAGGCCUUGUGAGGGCCGCCCAAAGCACAGGUGCGUGGAUCCUCACCAGUGGUUUGCGCUUUGGCAUCACUAAGCACCUGGGUCAAGCCGUAAGGGACCACUCGCUCGCUAGUACUUCCUCCAAAGUGCGUGUGGUGGCCAUUGGGAUUGCACCCUGGCACAUGAUUCAGAGCAAGGAACUGCUGCUUUCUGCAAAGCCUGAUCAUCCAGCAGCAUACCCAACUGAGGAUCUCCCCCAUGGUGCAAUGUAUUCCCUGGAUUGCAAUCAUUCUCAUUUCGUCCUUGUGGAUGAGGAGCCUCAAAGACCCGGGGCCACUGCAGAGAUGAGAGUCAAGAUGCUCAAGCACAUCUCUGAGCAGCGUACAGGGUAUGGAGGUACAGGCAGUAUAGAAAUCCCUGUUUUGUGUCUUCUGGUUCAUGGAGAGCCAAGGAUAUUACAGAGAAUGUACAAGAACAUUCAGAAUUCUAUACCGUGGCUGAUUUUGGCUGGUUCAGGAGGAGUUGCAGAUAUUUUAGUGACCCUGAUGACCAGAGGAUGCUGGGAUGCCGAUAUGGUCCAAGAGCUUAUGAUUAAUACUUUUACCAAUUGCCUACACAGCACUGAAAUCACUUCCUGGGUCAAAUUGAUCCAGAGAAUAUUGGACCAUGGUCACUUGUUGACAGUGCAUGACCCAGAACAGGACUCAGAACUGGACACAGUAAUUCUCAAAGCUCUGGUUAAGGCAUGUAAGAGUCAAAGUCAGGAAGCACAGGACUUUUUGGAUGAGCUGAAACUAGCUGUGGCCUGGAAUAGGGUGGACAUCGCUAAUAGUGAGAUCUUCAGUGGAGAUGUGUUAUGGAGUCCACAGGAUCUCGAGGAGGUGAUGAUGGAGGCAUUGAUUAAUGACAAGCCUGACUUUGUGCGUCUGUUUGUGGAUAACGGAGUGAACAUGAAUGAGUUCCUAACUUAUGGCCGUCUUCAGGAACUCUACUCCUCUGUGUCUGAGAAAAGCCUCCUUCACACAUUGCUCCUGAAAAAACUUCAGGAAAAACAGGCUAAUUUGGCCAGCACACGGGCAUCUGGAUACCCAAAUACUGAUGCAGGGCCCCGUUUCACCUUCCAUGAAGUAUCCAAAGUCCUAAAAGACUUUCUACAUGACAUCUGUAAGGGUUUCUACCAAAAACUUCCAGCGGAGAGGGUGGGGAAAGGCCGGCUUUUCCACAGCCAGAAAGACCUCCCAGACAUGGACAGACGUUGUGAGUACCCUUGGAGAGACCUCUUCCUCUGGGCUAUCCUACAGAAUAGGCAGGAAAUGGCAAACUACUUCUGGGCGAUGGGCCCGGAGGCAGUGGCUGCUGCUCUGGUGGGCUGUAAGAUUAUGAAGGAGAUGGCUCAUCUGGCUACUGAAGCAGAGUCUGCUCGCAGUAUGAAGAAUGCCAAGUAUGAGCAAUUUGCUAUCGAUCUCUUCAGUGAGUGUUAUUCAAACAGUGAAGACAGAGCCUACUCCCUUCUUGUGAGGAAAACAUGCUGUUGGAGCAAAGCAACUGUCCUGAAUCUCGCCACUGAGGCAGAUGCCAAAUGUUUUGUUGCUCACGAUGGGGUCCAGGCCCUGUUGACUAAAGUCUGGUGGGGAGCCAUGAGGACCGACACUUCUAUCUCUAGACUCAUGCUCACAUUCUUCAUCCCUUUCCUCAUGUGGACCCGUCUCAUCAAGUUCAAUGAGGAUGAACAAGAGAGCAAAGGUGAAGGGGAGCCAUUUGCUGAGCUAGACAGUUUGGAAACAGAGCAAGCGCUGCUGCUCACAAAUGAGGAUCCAGUCGCUGCUGAAGGUGGGAGUGAUCCUCCAGCGCAGAGCUGCAGUGCUACCUUUAUUCGCGUUGUACUGCGGCGGUGGAACCGUUUCUGGAGCGCUCCAGUCACUGUGUUCUUUGGAAAUGUCAUCAUGUACUUUGCAUUCCUCAUUCUAUUCACUUACGUUCUCCUCCUGGACUUCCGGCCCCCACCACCACAUGGCCCAUCUGCUGCUGAGAUCAUCCUCUACUUCUGGGUCUUUACCCUGGUGUUGGAGGAACUUAGACAAAGCUUCUUUACGGAUGAGGACAUGAGUAUUCUGAAGAAGUUCAAGCUUUAUGUGGAGGACAACUGGAACAAGUGUGACAUGGUGGCCAUCUCUCUCUUUGUGGUGGGGGUGUCAUGCAGGAUGGCAAAUAGCACCUACGAGGCUUCACGUACAGUUCUUGCUUUGGACUUCAUGGUUUUCACCAUGAGGCUCAUUCACAUUUUUGCCAUCCACAAGCAACUCGGGCCCAAGAUCAUCAUUGUGGAGAGAAUGAUUAAAGAUGUGUUCUUCUUCCUCUUCUUCCUGACUGUGUGGCUGAUAGCGUAUGGAGUGACCACUCAGGCCCUCCUGCACCCCAAUGACCCACGCAUCGACUGGGUCUUCCGCAGAGCACUUUAUCGCCCUUAUCUCCAUAUAUUUGGACAGAUUCCUCUGGAAGAAAUCGAUGCGGCCAAGAUGACAGAUGGUAACUGCACUAAUGACGUGGAGGAGAUCAUUUCAGGCACUCUGCCACCCUGUCCAAAUAUCUAUGCCAACUGGCUGGUCAUACUGCUGCUUGUCAUCUAUUUGCUGGUCACGAAUGUGCUGCUGCUUAAUCUCCUUAUCGCCAUGUUCAGCUACACCUUCCAGGUAGUGCAGGAGAAUGCAGACAUCUUCUGGAAGUUUCAGCGUUAUAACCUUAUCGUUGAAUACCACAGCCGUCCUGCCCUGGCCCCACCCUUCAUCAUCAUCAGCCACAUCUCUCAGGCUCUCCUCAGCCUUGUUAAAACAACAGAAGCCAAGCAUGAUCUUUUGGAGAGGGAACUGCCAGUUGGCCUGGACCAGAAGCUAAUGACAUGGGAGACGGUGCAGAAGGAGAACUAUCUGGCUAAACUGGAGCGAGAGCAUAGGGAGAGCAGUGGAGAGAGACUGAGAUACACUUCCUCUAAGGUGCAGAGUUUGCUGAGGACUGUUGGGGUUUUGAAGGAGCAAGAAAAACGCAUGGCAACAGUAGAGACUGAGGUAAGGUAUUGUGGAGAGGUGCUGUCUUGGAUGGCAGAGUGUUUCAGCAAAAGUACUCUAAAGUGUGACAGAGAUGCACCUAAAAUCCCACGGUCAAUUGCCAGCUCCAGAAACCUACAACCUCAGGAAGCUAGGCGACAGCAGCCAUCAGGACAGUCAGCGUAUGGUGCAGAGAAGAAACUACCCUACAUUGAUCAGUGAUCAGACAAUAUUAUUAUGCAAAUGUUUUACAACAGAAAUAGGAUAAUUAAAGAUAAAAUGAAGUUGUGCAGAUUAUUAUUUUGAUUUUGCAGUGCUUCCAUCUGCAUUACAUUUUCUAAUGUUGUGUGCCUUCUUUUGUACCUAAAUAUUACUACAUCAUAAUUAUAAUGUAAUUUAUAAUGUUUGCUAUACAAUAAAAUAUGUAAUAAUUUUUA